UCUCAUCCGUCCCCAUCCCCAAAUCCUCCAAUGGCUCCUCCGCCUCCCCGCGCCGCCCUCCUCCUGCUGCUACUCCUCCUCCCGCACAAUGCCGCCGCCGGCGGUGCCGGCACCGCUGCGCCGUCCCCGGCGGUGAACCCGUUCACGGCGAAGGCGGCCUUCAUCCGGUACUGGAACCGCAAGGUGCCCAACAACCGCCCGCACCCGGCCUUCUUCGUCGCCAAGCUCUCCCCGCUCCCGGCCGCCGACACCGCCUCCUUCCCCUCCGCUCUGCCCGACAUCCGCGCCCGCCUCCCCGCGCUCUGCUCCAGGGCCGGCCUCCUCUGCGCCGGCCCGGCCGCCGACGCCGCCGCGGCGUCGCUCGCCAAGGCCGCCGGCCCGUUCAAGGGCUACAGCAACGCCAACUUCUCCAACUACGGCACCGGCGGCGACCAGGGGGCCGACUCCUUCCGGAACUACUCCCCAGACCUCAACAUCGCCGCCGACUCCUUCCGCCGCUACGGCCGCGACUCCUCGGGCCGCGCCGACCGCUUCGAGUCCUACGAGGCCGACGGCAACGUCGUCACCGCCAACUUCACCUCCUACGCCGGCGGCGCCACGGGCGGCUCCGGCUCCUUCGCCGCCUACGCCGCCGGGACCAACGUCCCGGACUCCACCUUCACCAACUACGACGUCCAGGCCAACGGCCGCGCCCGCGGCUUCGCGUCCUACUCCCAGGAGGCCAACCACGGGGAGAGCGGCUUCUCCGGCUACGGCAGGAGCGGCAACGGAGUGCGGGAGACCUUCGCGUCCUACGGCAACGAGUCCAACGUCCUGGCCUCCGCCUUCGCCAACUACGGCCAGUCCGCCAACGGCGCCACCGACACCUUCACGGGCUACGGUGUCGAGGGGAACGUCCCCGAGAACACGUUCCGGAGCUACGGCGCCGGCGGCAACGCCGGCGUCGACACCUUCAAGAGGUACCGCGACGACGCCAACGUCGGCGACGACAGGUUCUCCUCCUAUGCCAAGGGCGCAAACGGCGGCGCCGCCGAGUUCCAGAGCUACGGCAACUCGGCCAACCCCGGCAGCAUCGCCUUCAAGGGCUACGGCGAGGGCACCAAUCCCAACCACCACAUUGGCUUCAAGGAGUACGCCGGCGAGAACAACACCUUCAAGGGCUACGCCAGCACCGGGGUCGACUUCAAGGAGUACCACAACACCUCCGCCUCCACGCUGACGGUGUCGGCGGAGGCGGCGGCGUCGAUGCGUCACCAGCACCUCAAGUGGUCACCGGAGCCCGGGAAGUUCUUCAGGGAGCGGGAGCUCGUGGCCGGGAACCGCAUGCCGAUGCCGGACAUCAGGGACAAGAUGCCGCCCCGGGCGUUCCUGCCCCGGGACAUCGCCGCCAGGAUCCCGUUCGAGCCCAACGCCGUGUCGGAGGUGUUCGGGUUGCCCCUCGACACGGCGAUGGGCAAAGCCGUGGCGUCCACGGUGGCCGAGUGCCAGCGCGCUCCCAGCAGGGGCGAGACGAAGCGGUGCGCGACCUCGGCCGAGGACAUCGUGGACUUCGCCGUGGAGAUGCUGGGCAGCGACGUCGUGGUCCGCAGCACGGCCUCCGCCGCCGGCAGCGGCGGCGACAUCCGUCUGGGCGCCGUCACGGGCGUGGACGGCGGCAGGGUGACCCGGUCCGUGUCGUGCCACCAGAGCCUGUUCCCGUACCUGGUGUACUACUGCCACUCGGUGCCCAAGGUGCGGGUGUACGAGGCCGACAUCGCCGCCGCCGACGGCGAGAAGAUCAACCGCGGCGUGGCCAUCUGCCACCUCGACACGUCGGACUGGAGCCCGGCGCACGGCGCGUUCGCCACGCUCGGCGGUAGGCCCGGCGAGGUCGAGGUGUGCCACUGGAUCUUCGAGGGCGACAUGACGUGGACGGUCGCGGAUUGACGGACGUGGGCCGCGGCGAAUAAUCCUCUUCUUGCAGGGCGGCUACUUUCAAGAAGGGUGGGCAAUUUUUUUUUUUCUUCACUGCUUUCUCAACCUACCUUACCUUACCUUAAGGUGGUAAGAAUUUGUGCGAUUUGUAUAGGAGAGAGGAAAAAGGGUUGGUCAGUCAUCAGUAAUCAAAUGUAAACUGUAAAUCCCGAAAAAUCUUUGGGAAGGAGGUGUGUGGGGAUUUGAUUUCUCUUGAUCGAAUUUCCCCAAUCGCGGUAGUGAAAUUUAAAAAUUUAAACAAAAAUAAAAAGCUCUUCAAAAC